GUGUUUGAACUCAAGCAGGUACAUCCACGCAAAGAAAGCUAAUUCGAGCGAAGAAAAAAUUAUUUAGCGCUUAAUUAUUUUAAAACAACGCCUUCGCUGGCCCAGUGGUCGGUUAACUAGUUAGCUGCAAGAUGACGCGCGUAACGAGAAGUGAAAUCUCCCUGGACAUGGAGUUCUGGGUGGAGGAACUGUCGCCGGCACAGUUGGCGUACUACGAGAAGAUUACCAAUGAGCACAAUGCGGUGAAGGGUGCACUCAAGAGCGCGGUUAGCGCCAACGAGGGCAAGGAGCUCUUCAGCGGGCAGGUGUUUCAGGCCUACUCCUUCAAGGGCAAGGUGCUGCAGGAGCUCAAGGAGGCGACGCUGCCCAAAAAGCCACCCAAGCCGAUUGACACCCCCUCGACACCCUCCGCCCCGAGCGGUGGCACUGGGCGCGGUCGUGGCCGCCCACCACGACAGCCAUCCAACAUCGCCUACCUGGAGUCCUCCGAUGAGGGCGACGACGAUAUGCCGCUGGCCAAGCGACUGGCCCUGUCUGCAGGCAAAAAGGCAGUGGCCGUGGCCAAUGCAUCAUCCUCAUACACUCCUAAAUCCAGUAAAAAGGCGGCGGCCGCUGCUGGUGGAUCUUCUUCACCGGUACCUAAGAGCAGUGGAAAAAUAUUCAAGGAAUCCAAACCGGACAUCGAGUCGCCGCCGAAGAACUACCGCCCCGCCGAGGUUAAUUCCGUGGGCGGUCUAGUGGUGGGCAGCACCGACGAAAGCAAGGACAGCAAAGACGGCAAGGAGGGCAAGGAUAACAAGAUGCAGGGCAAGACAUAUCCAUCUCUGGUGGUGCUAGCAAAGCCUUUCCUCAAGAUCAAAGACAUGGCUGCCACCCGCAGCAAGCUAGACUCGAAGGUUAAACUGGUUCUUAUGCUUACGCCCAACAAAUUCUGCGAGUGGCUGCUCCAGGAGGGACUUCUACGCGCUCAGCAGCACUGCAUAAACCAUCGCAACAAUGAGCUGAAAUUGGGAAUUUAUUCGGAUGUGACCAAGUUCCCCUACACUGGUGGUUAUGUGUGGAUCAGCGAAUGUUGCCCCUAUCGCUUCGUGUCCGUAUUCAACAACUCCAUUUUCGAAGGAGCUCAGCACCCGCCCACAUUCUUGUUGAAGUUAAUUUACCACUGGGCAUGCCAGACCAGUAUUCAAAAUGUGGUGCAGUGGGUUAAGGUGGACAGUGUUUACAUCAAAGGAAUCUACACCUGGCUAAGAGCCAUUUGCACCCUGGCAGUGCAUCAAAAAUGCAAGAAGCUGGGCGGCCCCGGCAAGUUUGUGGAGGUCGGCGUUAUUUCCCUGGGAACCACAUCUCAAGAUGGCUCCCAGCGACAAGUAAAGGUUGAAGUUUUGGGCGUCUAUGACUACGCGGAGAAAUCCAUCCGCCUGCGAGCAGUAGAGCCAAUCACCGAUGGCGAUCGUAACUAUAAAAAGCGGUUCCAGGCCAUUCUGGAGCCACUGUCACGCUGGGUGCACAAGGACAGCACCAUUUGUAUAGACUUGACUGUCGACAAGAUCACCCUCUUCAGCAUGGGAUUCAAAAAUAUAGUCCAGGCCGCUGCCACUGACAACACAGCCAAGCACAACAACUCUGCGGUAAUGGAAUACCUGCGACGGAUUGUGCCGCGCAUGUUCCAGAACACGCUGUCGUUGCUAUCGCGCCAGAUGAUUCAACAAUUCCUUGACGAGCUGGUAUGGCGAGAAUCCUUUGGCACAUAUGCACUGCAGGCAUUCAACAAUAUCAUAAUACACAUUGCCGAGCAGACAAGGGUAACCACCAAUGAGACAAUCACCCAGCGGCUGUAUCAGGUGGCGACCAAUCCGUUCAAAGACUGGAGUGUUCUGCCGGCCAACUACAAGGAGACUCCGGCCAAUGCUGCUCCCAAGCGCCUCAAGAAACCUAUCAACGAUGCCGACUAUGUUGUUUCUAACAAGAUUCUAAAGAAGGAAAAAGAUCGUGAUUUAUCAUCAUCUGGAGUAAAACGCGGCCGCCCACCAAGUGCAUUAAGCACUCCAUCACCGCAGAUGCCAAUUAAAAAGGGCCCAGGUCGCCCACCGGGCAGCACCAACCAGCCAAAAGGAGACAGAGCAACGACCUCCGCAUCAAAAAUGCUGUCUAAAUCUCUGGGAGCUAAAGGCCUGAUUAAAAAACCGAAAGAUAAAGAUGAAAAGAUUCCAAUGGUUAUUAAGAAGGAAGAGGAUGAUCUAAGGGGCUUGGAGGAGCUAUACUACGGAAUAAGCGACGGUACGGACGAGUACAACGAGAUCUUUCCAUAUAGCACACCCCGAACUGCUCACAACGAACUGGCCAAGACCGUGGAGUGUCCAAUCUGCCUGAACGGCGACUCCUUUGACUCCAACGAGAAACUACAGACGCACUUAGUAUCGCAUAUUUCGCCGGAGGGCAAACAGCACCAGUUCCAGUGCCUUUUCUGCUUGGAGAAGCAUCCAACCGAGUCGGUUUUGGCCAAACACAACCAGAUAAUGCAUCCAACUGAGACGAAGACUGAGGGAUCACCCUCGUACUACUGCCUUAUAUGCCAGCAGCGUCACAAUUCCCUGCAUCUAUUGACAGCUCACUUGCAGAAGGCCCACAGCACCCUGGAACUACCAUAUUGGUGUCAUUCCUGCGGUUAUCGAUCAUCCUCGCACCGCGAUUUGGUCAGGCAUUUCUAUGACGACCACAAGCAUCAGAACUUUCUACAGUGCCCCUAUUGCUUGGAUAUUUUCUACUUCUCAAAGCGUGGCGUUGUUAACCAGCUGCGCAUCGAACAUUACUUCUUGCAUUUGAAUGAGCACAUGAACAAGCGGGAUCCCUCAUUGCGCUGCCAGAAAUGCUCGCUUUCCUUCCUCGAGAAGGGGGAUCUGAAACAGCACGCAGUGCAGCACCAUGUCAGCAUGAUUAAAACCAAUAGGCCGGUGCGUCUCUUACUCAACAACUCGAUGUUGAUACCACCGCCUAAGAUUCGCACCCAUCACCGCGAGCAGCCGCCGUUCUCCACCUACAAGCGGCCAGUAUUCUUUGCUUUCCUGGAGGGUAAAACCUGUGCCGAGUGCAACACCGAUUUCGCGAGCGAGGAGACACAUUACACUGGUUGGCUACACUGCGUUAAGUGCAAUUAUCAGACAUGUUGCGAGCGAGCUCAAUUCCGUCAUGGCGUGGAUUGUAAUGGCAACUUUGUGGACGCCAUGGAGGUGAAUAUGCCACAGGAGAUGCACUGCAUCUGCGGCUUUGCCACCGGCAACGGCAACAAGAUGGCUCAGCACUUGGCUAAUUGCGGACUUAGCACAUGCUACCCGAGUUUGGAGGCGGCAAGCGAGAAUGCCGUCAAGCGUAAUAUGCUGGACAUGUUGGGUCUGGUUCGUCGCGAUGGAGAAACCUCGGGCGAAGGAGCGGACAUCAGCGAGACUGCUGACGAUGUCGCGGACCAGAGCUCGGACAUGUUGCCGCCGCAGGAGGAUCAUCAUUUGCAGCAACACCAUCAGCAUGUGGCACACCAGCAACAGAUGCAGGAACAGGCGGAUGAACCACAAAGGGAACUUCAACAGGAGUACUUAUCGGCGCCGGUUGAGCAUGAGCCCGUGCAGAAUAUGCCUGUUCAUCAGAGCAUGCCGGUGCAGCAGACCGGUCCAAUACAGUUUGGAGAAAUGGAAGCGGCCCCAGUUAUGCUGGAUCCCCGGCAGCAGGUACAGCCCACCCCAGAUUAUGCUCAAGUUUCGGUGGUGCAACAGCACCAACAGCAACAGCCCUACGGAUUAAGCAACUACGGCCAGAGCUCUUUAGCCACGGAUAUCGACAUGCCUCUGAUUGGAGAGCUCUCUGAGCCAAAUGCUCCACCCACGCCCCAGUUCCUGGGCGAGGUGCACACGCCCAUGUUCGAUGCAGUGGCCGCCGCCGAGCAACAGCACUACCACGCCCAGCACCAUCACCAUCCGCAAUGAUACAAGCCUCCCGGAAAGCUCAAAUCACGCGACUAUACCCUUCACUGGCAGAACUAUUAGUUAGGGUUUAUUCAUUUUCAGCGCACAUUGGCCAUAUCCCAGAUUCUUUAUCACCAUACAAUACGAAGGCAAAUAAAUUGUAUAGCACCUAUUUAAGAAUUGCAUAUUAGGCCCUGUUAACAUUAAUGAAACAUCUUGAACGAAAUCGCAGUUGCACGAGGGAAUAUUAUGCUGGUCCUAUGUAUUUUCAACGGAUCCAUUUAGACCGACGUAAUCAAAACUCUACAAUGGGAUUUUUAUCUUUACAUCUAAAAUAUCUGUAAUAUCUUUCAAUCCAUUUGAAUAUUGGAACCUUAUCAAUUGUAAAUGACAAACAUACAAUGUAAUUUUAAAAUAUAUCUACUUGUCCUUAA